CCUGUGGCGCGCCGCCUGGUUCCCGGGAAGACUCGCCAGCACCAGGGGGUGGGGAGCGGAGCUGAAGGCUGCUGGAGAGUGAGCAGCCCUCGCAGGGAUGGACAUGAUGCUGUUGGUGCAGGGCGCUUGUUGCUCGAACCAGUGGCUGGCGGCGGUGCUCCUCAGCCUGUGCUGCCUGCUGCCCUCCUGCCUCCCGGCCGGACAGAGCGUGGACUUCCCCUGGGCCGCCGUGGACAACAUGAUGGUCAGGAAAGGGGACACGGCGGUGCUUAGGUGUUAUUUGGAAGAUGGAGCUUCAAAGGGUGCCUGGCUGAACCGGUCAAGUAUUAUUUUUGCGGGAGGUGAUAAGUGGUCAGUGGACCCUCGAGUUUCAAUUUCAACAUUGAAUAAAAGGGACUACAGCCUCCAGAUACAGAAUGUGGAUGUGACAGACGACGGCCCGUACACGUGUUCCGUCCAGACUCAGCACACACCGAGGACCAUGCAGGUGCAUCUAACCGUGCAAGUUCCUCCGAAGAUAUACGACAUCUCAAGCGAUAUGACCAUCAAUGAGGGCACCAAUGUCACGCUCACCUGUCUGGCCACUGGGAAGCCAGAGCCAUCUAUUUCCUGGAGACACAUCUCCCCAUCAGCAAAACCAUUUGAAAAUGGACAAUAUUUGGACAUUUAUGGAAUUACAAGGGACCAAGCUGGGGAGUAUGAAUGCAGUGCGGAAAAUGAUGUGUCCUUCCCAGAUGUGAAAAAAGUGAAAAUCGUCGUCAACUUUGCCCCCACGAUUCAGGAAAUUAAAUCGGGCACGGUGAUCCCCGGCCGCAGCGGACUGAUCCGGUGUGAAGGCGCGGGAGUGCCGCCUCCGGCCUUCGAGUGGUACAAAGGCGAGAAGAAGCUCUUCAAUGGCCAACAAGGAAUUAUUAUUCAAAAUUUUAGCACAAGAUCCAUUCUCACUGUCACCAAUGUGACACAGGAGCACUUCGGCAACUAUACCUGUGUGGCUGCCAACAAGCUCGGCACGACCAAUGCGAGCCUGCCUCUGAACCCUCCAAGUACAGCCCAGUAUGGAAUUACCGGGAGCGCUGAUGUUCUUUUCUCCUGCUGGUACCUUGUGUUGACACUGUCCUCGUUCACCAGCAUAUUCUACCUGAAGAAUGCCAUCCUACAAUAAAUUUAAAGACCCAUAAAAGGCUUUUAAGGAUUCUCUGAAAGUGCUGAUGGCUGGAUCCAAUCUGGUACAGUUUGUUAAAAGCAGCGUGGGAUAUAAUCAGCAGUGCUUACAUGGGAGAGCGAUCGCCUUCUGUAGAAUUGCUCAUUAUGUAAAUACUUUAAUUCGACUCUUUUUUGAUUAGCUACAUUACCUUGUGAAGCAGUACACAUUGUCCUUUUUUUAAGACGUGAAAGCUCUGAAAUUACUUUUAGAGGAUAUUAAUUGUGAUUUCAUGUUUGUAAUCUACAACUUUUCAAAAGCAUUCAGUCAUGGUCUGCUAGGUUGCAGGCUGUAGUUUACAAAAACGAAUAUUGCAGUGAAUAUGUGAUUCUUUAAGGCUGCAAUACAAGCGUUCUGUUCCCUGUUUCAAUACCAGUCAAUCCACAUUUACAAAGAUGCAUUUUUUUUUCUUUUUUGAUAAAAAAAAAGCAAAUAAUAUUGCCUUCAGAUCAUCUCUUCCAAGUAUAACCCAUAUCUAGAUUUUCUGCUCGCAUGACAUUCAGGUUUCAGGAAUGAGCCUUGUAUUAUAACUGGCUGUGCAGCUCUGCUUCCCCUCCCUGUCAGUUCAGCAUGGGUGUGCCUUCAUAAAACAAUACUUUUCUCCUUGUCUCCAACUAAUAUAAAAUUGUUUUGCUAAAUCCUGCAAUUUGAAAGCAAAAAUAAACUGUAAUGAUAAAGUUAAACUAUAUACUCCAUCUCUAAAGAAUGAAGGAGCUAUUGAAAUGUAAAAAAAGAAAAAAACAAACUCUUCCUUGUUACCAGUGGGGUUGGAGAAGUUUGUCCCAUGAUAAACUCAGCUUUUCUAAUGAGAAACAAUUUAAUAACAUAGUACAAUAAAUAUACCAUAUGGCUUCUUUAGUUGUAGCUAAAUGUUAGAUCCUCUGUGGGAAGUAAUUCCCUUCAAAAUGACAGCACAGUUCACUCAAGGGAUUGCAUAGCAAUACAGCGUCUCUUCCUUUCACUGUCCCAAGCCAAAAUUUGUAAGAGGGUGCAUCAGAAAAGACACAAAGUCCUACCACCUAAUAGCAUAAGAGUGGGACACAAAGUCUAAUAGCAUCAGAAAGGACACAAAGUCCUACCACCUAAGAGCAUAAGAGCGGGAAGUGCUCAUAAUUAAUUUGGUGUCCUGGUCAGUGACUUAGUACAACAGAGACAGGGUUCCUGUGGUCAAGGGCAUUUUACAUGCUUUCCAUCUGAAAAUAUCCCUCAGUUGAUAGUCUAGAAUACACGUUAUAGUUUUAAAAAGUUCUAAAACCUAUUCUAACACAUGUCACAUGUUGGUAUGUAGGAGAUUAAUCCCCCAAAUAACUAAUUCUUCAAUGAAAUCUUUCUCCAUAGCCAUUUCAGCUCAAAUAAAUGAAGCCAAAAAAAAAAAAAAAAAA